GAAAUUUUGCUGAACCCUGGCAACCGUGGAUAAUGCUAUUCCCUCUUCUGUGUGCACCUCACUGUCGACGGAAAGUGUGUGUGUGUGUGUGUGGGUGGGGGUGUGUGUGUGUUUUCACAUGUCUGGAUGUAAGUGCCAGACUGUCUGUGAUCACAGGACAAAGUAGCAGUGCUUCUGCUCUCGUCAGAUUGGUUCAAUUAAUUAGCUUCUCCCAUUCAGUUGCUCCCAUAUGUAAUGUGUUAAUAACGACAGGGAAACCCCAGUUUUCAGAUUUGGCUGCCUCCUUUUAAGAGGAGAUGGCAGCCUCACUUGAUUAACCCACUGACCAUUAUAGGCUACAAAAGACGCUGUCACAAUCCAAGUGGAUGCAUAAAGGACAUUGGUUUCUCAUUUUUACAGACUGCAUGCAAGUUUUCCAUCCACCAGCUUUCUAUCUCCUUGCAUGUGUAAUUGUGUUCAGUUUGCCAUAUUACCAGGCUGGGUUUUUUGUGCUUUCUGUUACUGAUAACGAUGAAAAAUGCUUUGAGAAGGAGUCAGAAAAUUGGAUUCUCCUAGGGCCUAAUUAGGUCAGCAUGUUUCACAUCUCCGAGAAACUGAAUUUGAAAUUCAGAUUCCACAAGGAAUGAGAAUAUGAUUUAGAUGUAAUUAUUUGUGCCCCAGUACACCUCUUUGUGAUACACCCUAUGAUGCAUUGUGCAUGAUAUGAUUGUUUGACAUGUUGACAGAGCAGCACAUUGAGUGCAGUUAUUAUGGGGCUCUUUGUGUGUGUAUGCGUGCUCAAGGUACAAAGCAUUCUAAUGAAAGCUCCACUGGGAGAACACAUCUGUGGCAACACUGAUGGGUCACACAAAGUCCUCUAUUCUUGUCUUUUUCAAACCUAUAUGAACACAAUAAUCUGAUCUUUUUAAAAAGAUUUGGGUCAUAUGUUGGUUAUAUGUUCUUAGUUGGACACAUAUUUGAUACAAGCCCAUGCAUGCCACUGUCAGAUUGAAAUUCAUCUGCUGGAUCCUCUCCUCUACCCACAUAGAGAUGGCAGUAGCUGAUAAAAUCCUAAACUAAAGCUAUGCAUCUGUUUUUGUUUUUUUUUGCUGCCAUCUCUUCUGGAUCAUGAGCAACCACUGAAGCAUAAAUAUCUUUGUGGUGAAUCUGCUGAUUCAUUCAUUUUAUCACUACUGUUGCAAUGAAGGAUUGUCUCUUAAAUAUGCUUUUGUUAUUGUCUUGACACAUGUAAAUUUCUGUCCUUUCAGACCAGGACAUCUGAUUCUAAUAAUAAUGAGAGAUGUGAGUUGCUUACACGCAUGUGAACCAUCAAAGGUAGAAAGAUGGGAUCUGAGCAAGAAAUAAGAAUGGAGUAAUGGAGUAAAGCUUGUAAUGGCAUUGCAGGUCUACUUAAACUGAGAAAGCCUCAAUGGGUUAUUAUGUGGCCCAGCUUGUCUGAGAGCUAAAUGUGUUAAGUAGCUUAUCACAGUUUGUGUGAAUGAUACAGUGAGAGAGAUAUAAGGUAGGGUUUCAAUAACAACACAAUAAGUAUUUGUACUAGAGAAUCAAAAGCCCUUACGUAAGUAAAUGUUUCCUUAUAUUAUGAAACAAGCCUUUAACCAUGCACACAAUGGCUCAUUUACCAUCAGGGGCCAUUAGGUAAGAGCACCAUUAAACAACUGUACCACUGUAAGCAUAGUACUUCAGUCUGAGUCCAAUUGUUCUAUUUUAGUGUUUCUUACAUAAGAGGGUACAGAGUCACUUCAUAGCCACUAGACACUAGUAACUGUAGUGCAAGCACCACACUUAUGGGAGGUUCUCCCCAACUAUUGUGUAUAUACUGUAUUCUAGGCUCUUCCCUGACCUGACUUUAUACUGGUUUUGUCUGACAUUUUGUCUGACGUGUUUUACAAGUUUAUGACAAUAACACAAUCCAAUUUAAUGAGACAGACUGAGUUGCAUGUCUCAGAAUCUGAGUUGGAUUGGAUUUGGAACAACAUACAAAUAUGGUUUGCAUCUGACUGUAUUUUUUUUGUCUGUUUAGAAUGCAGCAAUUCUUUCCUGCUCAAAUCAGAUAUGCUGAAAAUUAAGAUUUGAUUUGUGUGAGCAUAUGGGUUGUAUGUUGCAUUUUUGUUGAACAGUUUGCUUAAAUAACAUCCUUUCUACCCUGGACAUUCGGGAAAUGAAAAGUUUUUUAUUCUGUUGACUGACAGCUUACAGACUGAACUUUUCAUAUGGUUACAUCUGUUGGCCUCAGUACAAUUAAUAAAUUAGAAAAGUUAUAUAAGGUCUGUGCCCAAUUCCAAAACAUCAACAUAACCUCAGUAAAAGCUUAUUUUUGUCCAAAGUGUAAAUACUUCUGCCCCUUCUUGUCGAGGCUAUUGCUAGAUGUGGCUUAAUAGUGUGUGCCAGUAUUGAAAAUCCUGCUGCUGACUGAAUUGAGUGUUAAUUCUCUAAAUUUUGUGGCUCCUGUUCAAAUCUCAAGAACAAAAUCUGUGGAAGAUUCACAUAAAGCCUUUCCUCUACAGUCCAGAAAGGGUUGUCAUGGAAACUGUGCACUUAAAUUCUCCACUGAGACGAUAGAAAAGCACAUGAAGGUGUGUUGAGGGGUGAAAAACAACAAUCUAGUGCUUCCUUUUUCUACUAUUCUCUUUCUUUCAGUACACUAUGAAGAGUUUCUGAAGAAACAAAGGGAUUAUUCACAAACCACCUCUUUUUGCCUUUGCCUUGAAUUCAAGCUAAUGAUGGACAGGAGACUACUUUCAGAGCUCUGGGGAUACUAUGAGAAUGUGAGGAGAGAGCUGAUUAGAUGCAAGGUGAUACACUGCUGAUACCAAAGUAGCCAAUAGUGAAGAGACGAUAGAGGGAGAGCAAAAGAGAUAGAGAAGGCAUCUAGCAUAGCCGAGACAGUGCCUUUUCUUUUCUAGAGAAGGACUGCAUAGCAACAGUGCAUCUCAAAAUCAGAGAAACAGAUGCAUCUGCUUGAAGAGGACCAUCAGAGAUGUGACAAAGCUGACAUCAUAUCCACUGUUGAGUUCAACUCCACUGGGGAGCUCCUUGCCACAGGGGACAAAGGAGGUCGAGUGGUGGUGUUCCAGAGAGAGCAGGAGAGUAAGAACCAGCCACAUCGACGAGGGGAGUACAACGUUUACAGCACUUUUCAGAGCCAUGAGCCUGAGUUCGACUACCUGAAAAGCUUGGAAAUUGAGGAAAAGAUCAACAAGAUCCGCUGGCUGCCUCAGCAGAAUGCUGCCUACUUCCUCCUCUCCACCAAUGAUAAAACUGUCAAGUUGUGGAAAAUCAGUGAGAGAGACAAGCGACCAGAGGGUUAUAACCUGAAGGAUGACGACGGUAGGGUGCGGGACCCCACCACCAUCACAGCGCUGAGGGUGCCAGUGUUGAUGCCCAUGGACCUGAUGGUGGAGGCUACACCUCGGCGAGUGUUCUCCAAUGCACACACCUAUCACAUCAACUCUAUUUCAGUGAACAGUGACAACGAAACGUAUAUGUCAACAGAUGAUCUUAGGAUCAACCUGUGGAACCUGGAAAUCACUAACAGAAGUUUCAACAUUGUAGAUAUAAAGCCAGCCAACAUGGAAGAACUCACUGAAGUGAUCACAGCAGCAGAGUUUCAUCCCAACCAGUGCAACACGUUUAUCUAUAGCAGUAGCAAGGGUUCCAUACGACUGUGUGACAUGAGAGCAGCUGCACUCUGUGACAACCACUGCAAAUUCUUUGAGGAACCAGAGGACCCCAGUAAUCGCUCCUUCUUCUCUGAGAUUAUUUCCUCCAUCUCUGAUGUGAAGUUCAGCCACAGUGGCCGUUAUCUAAUGACCCGCGACUACCUUACUGUUAAAGUAUGGGAUCUUAACAUGGAGAGCAAACCUCUGGAGACCUAUCAGGUCCAUGACUACCUGAGAAGUAAACUGUGCUCCCUCUAUGAGAAUGACUGUAUCUUUGACAAGUUUGAAUGUGUGUGGAAUGGAACAGACAGUGUCCUGAUGACUGGAUCCUACAAUAACUUCUUCCGCAUGUUCGAUCGUAACACCAAGCGAGAUGUGACACUGGAGGCAUCCAGGGAAAACAGCAAACCUCGGGCCAUCCUAAAGCCACGCAAGGUGUGUGUGGGUGGCAAGCGGCGUAAAGAUGAGAUCAGCGUAGACAGCUUAGACUUCAGUAAGAAGAUUCUUCACACAGCCUGGCACCCAUCAGAGAAUAUCAUCGCUGUGGCCGCCACCAACAACCUCUACAUUUUCCAGGACAAAGUCAACUAGCAUGUAGCGCUCAAGUUCUCCAUCACAGAGACUGAAUCUGAUCCUUAAGGAAAGUGGCAGAUUUGCUGCUUCUGGCUUUUGAUUCGAAGGAGAACGUCUGGUUGAGCUUUUUGUUGAGCAAAUAGUACCCACUGCACUCAAUUAUAUGCACUGUUCAUUUCAGGUUGCCAGAAUGAAAAGAUGGCUGCUGCCUGCUCCAUUUCUUUCCAUUUCCAAACCCCCUUGUUCUCCCGCACUGUAGUUCAAUAUGGACAGCAAUAAAAUGGACAUUCAAUUUUGCUGCAAAAUCAGAACUGAUCGCUCUCAGCCCCACAUGUCUGACAAACUCACAAGAUGCAGAUAUGGCUUAAUGUUGCCAGGCUGCAGUUACCUCUUUUCUUCAACUAUUUAUUCACCAUUUGACUUCAUGGAGGCAGAUGCAUAAUUUUGACAUGGGACUACAGUUCGGAUAGUGCGGCAUCUCAUUGGUUUAAGAUGGAAUUUAAAAAAAAAACAAAAAAAACUAUGUAGCAAUUUACUGCUUUUGUUCUAAUUUUCUAAAUAA